CGUCGCUGAGGUACGUCGAGCUCAGCAUCGUGGGAGACAACGAGAGUCAACAGGAGUCACGACGCUGCUGAGCACCUUACACAACCUUGACCCUCUUUGUCCUGCUCGCCUCUCCGUUCGCUCGCCUACCUCGAUCGCGCUCUACCGUCUCAUGAAUCGGCGCGUCAGCGCGAUCCGACAUCCACGCAACGCAAUCACGAAUCGUGAACAAUUCGCACCGCAUCAUCUCCUUUCCACCACAGUUUGGAAAGUCGCCUCUACCCAGCAACGACCUCGUUUUGCGGAUCGUCCGACUCUAUGCAUGGCCGCCAUCUGACAGCAUCCUCUCAAGUUGGACUUCGCAACGACGAGGCGACUAGCUGCGCACGCCGGUGGGCUUUGCGCUCAGCCGCAAGCGUCUUUGUUGGUCAGGCACUGUGCUGUGAGCGUUCGACAUUAUCACUCCACCAGGGUCACCUUCAACAAAAACGAAGCGGACAGGAUGGCGAGCGACGAUGCAGUGCCUACAGGACCGAGGCAACGCACCUCUAGGCGCGCUGCCCCUAACGGCUCAGCAAGACCACAGCCACGUGCCUCAUCAAGCUCUUCUCCCACCUCGCCUACACCCUCGUCGACGCCCCUCUUUCCUGUCGGAGACAUCUUUCCAAUCCAGCUUGGGCCAGAUGGCAUUCAUCGCGAUGUGGCCGCACCCCCUUUCAGGGUGCGAGCAACCGGCCCGCGAGGCGCACCUCCAUCCGGACCUUCUCCUGGAUCAGCACCCACUUGGACAACUCAACAGGGUCAAUCCAGUAGCUCACCUGCACGAAACGGGCCUCGUGGACAAAUCGGAGUGCGCAUUGCCUCGUUUGAUGGUCCUGCGCAGCAGCCUCAGCUGCUCGCAAAGUCUUCACUCGCACGCGCCGCAGAGGUUCCUCUCAACGUGCCCAAAGGUCCCAGAAGGUCAGAGCCGCUGCCUGCUCGUCCUUCGCCUGCCGCUCGUGGUAGCAGCCCGGAGACGAGGAAAAUGUAUGCUUCUAGAGAAGUCGCGCUGGUGAGGCGAGCUUUGCAGAAGGUGGACGAGAUGGGUCGCAUAGAGAAGCAGCAUCUCGCUUCUUGCCAAGAAAGUGGAGUGCGAGGAGUCGGCGGAGCUAUACUGACCCUUUGGCAGACAUCGAGACCCGAUGAUCGAUGGCAACACAAGAGGGAAGGUCUGCUGUGCAGAGUGCAAAAAGCCAUCGACAAAGGCUGGCCCGAUCAAGGUCUGAUCGUCACUCCGUUCGGCAGCAGCGUGACAGGCUUGGAAGGCGCCGAGAGCGACAUGGACUUGGUGCUGCUGGAUCAGACAAGGCCGCUCGGAGCAGCUACUCCACUUCAUCUCACGUUGCCAAGUCCGAGGCCGGUGCGGCUUGUUCGCGGUAUGCCGGACUUUUACGACGUCUACACCGUCAGCAAGGCGCUUAGACGGCAAGGCUUCGAGUCCGUCGUUCCAGUCGCCUACGCUGCCGUUCCGAUCGUCAAAUUCAAGGACUCGAGAACCGGACUUGAUCUGGACCUUAACAUUAAUGAUCGCUUUGGGCUUCAGAAUUCAGCACUGAUCAAAGCUUACGCAGAGUUGAGACCCCAGCUGCUCCGACCGCUGAUCUUCGCUGUCAAGCACUGGGCCAAACGAAGAUUCUUGAACGAUCCAGCUGGAAAUUUUGGACAACCGUCUAUGAGCAGUUAUGCCCUCUCUCUCCUGGUCAUACAGUAUCUGCAGUCCACAGGCGACUUGCCCAAUCUUCAAUCUCCUCAGCUUCUGAGAGCUCUGAACAUGCCCAAAGAACGCAUGUGGAAACCUCCUCGGCCCCAAGCGCCGAAUGUCAUGGCUAAAAUUUUGCAGGCGCGAGAGCGAGAUCGCAAGCAAGGCAAGCACGUAGCUGAACUGGUCGGGGCAAAGUCGUACGAGACCACAUUUACCUUUUUGCAGGGCCCGCACGAGUGUGCCGAGUACCGCCAAGAGCCACAAAGUCUUGCUGAGCAGCUUGAAGCACUUGGGACUGCCUUUGUCGGCUUCUUUGCGUGGCUGCGCGGAAGUUCGGAGCUGUUCAAGACUUCUGCAGCUUCUAUCGUUGCUGGUGGCUUUAUACCGAGGACACCGUACAUGACUGAAGCGGAAAGGAAGCUGACGAAGAAGAAGAAUCGAAAAGCUAGAACUCAGGCAGACUCGCAACACCGGCAAAAGGAGUCUACCGCUUUGAUUCGGACCACAGAUGGUCAGCAGACCAGCAACGACAUCGAGGUCGAAGCAUCGGACACGACUGCGGUUUCUGAAGAACCUGACGACUCUGCCGUGUCCGUGGACGAGUCGAUAGAACUAUCAGAGCCUCCUAGAGAUAGCGAUCAUGGCGGCGAGAAGUCUGAUCCAGCAGCGGGGAGAGCUUUCGAUGAAUCUGCUCCACGUCACUGGGACGAUUCUGACACCACAGACGUCAUCUCACUAGAUCGAUACGACGAGCCAGAGUCGUGGGCCAACAACCCCAUCGUCGUGCAAGAUCCCUUCAUCGUCGACCGUAAUUGCAGCGGGGCGAUCAGGGAGGUGACAGCUCAAAGAUUCGAAGACGAGGUCGAAAGAGCCACUGGCAUGCUUGCACGGGCGCUGCAGGCGAGGAGAGGCGCGCAGUCCAGCGCCGCAUUGGUCCUGGCUGACCUUUGCGAAGACGUUCGCAUUGCAGAUGCGGGUUAUUACGUGCAUGAUGUUGAGGAGCGGACAGUGGGCAUGGCCAUUUCCAGAAGUCCCACGACUUUCAUCCGACCCGAAAUGCCUGAAUCUUUUGGUCGAAACGGCUCGAGAAUUUUGGCACUGCUAGACCCGCCAGAGCGCGACGAGCUUGAUCAGCUCUUGCAAAUGCAGGCUUUGGAGGAUGAGUUGGAGAGAAACACGCGCCAAACACGGGCUGUGGUUGAGAGACGCGAGAUCAUGGCCGGCAGAGAAGGGAAGCGACAGCAACGAGGUGGCGUUCGAAAUAGAGCGAAACGAGACACAAACCAGCAUAGCUCGGAAAGUCAAGACAAGCCGCUCGGGACGACUCAAGCGCAGUAAACAAGUUUGGAAAACAUCGCACGGGAAUAUUGCGAGAGACGAUGGAGGGUGCCCGAAGCAGCUCGCAAACCUGAACACCGGUGAGACGUGCACGAGAAUCGAGACAGGUUUCACCCAGAGACGAGGCAUCAAAGUCUUUGACGCCUCGCGUCUGACUGAUGAAGCUUGUCUCGAUCUUCGUGCAAAAGUCCCGCGCUGUGCCACCGCCCUCUCCAUGCCUUAUUCCUCAUGCGUUGAACACACAUGUUCCUUUCAUCCCACUUCCAAACCAUGGGCACCUUGUAUUCACACGUUACCGGCAUUCCCCCGCCUGCACUUCUCCCUGACAGCUUCUGUCCCGCCAACCUCCGCUACAACCCAACACAGUAAUUCCUCGUGCUUUUUUCGGGGUUUGAGCUGACAUGGCCCAGGACUGUGAGGAAGACAAGACUGACCACGCAAAGCUGAGAGCUUGUGCGCCAAAUACACGUG